AUGAAAUUCUCCAGCAAGAUGGAAUGGUUGCGCAAAGGCAUCUGCAUGAAUCCUGGUAACGGACGCAAGAUGCAGUUUAGAGCGGACACAGUUUCAUCAGUACUUACGACCGCUUUGUUAAUUUGCUCUCGGUUUGCAGAGGUUCAAGCAGUGAAAGGUGGUCUGAUGAGUAAGAUUGGUGUGAACCAAGGCUUGUCCGUUAAUGAUAUAUUUGAGGAUGUUGAAGAUGCAGAAAUGGAUUACGAACUCAUACCACGGUACACUAGGCUCACGAAGGAGUCGAUAUUUCAACAAGGAGAAACGUUGGAUUUUCUGCAUUUUUUGCACCGAAUUAAAUAUGAUCAUAGACAGUUGCCAGACAACGGAAAUGAUGAAGCUGUCGAUAUUCACGUAUCGAUUGUCGUCAGUAAUAUUCGUGCGGUAUCUGAAGUCACCAUGAAUUACAAUCUGGAGCUAUUCUACCGAGAGUCGUGGCUCGACCGCCGUCUAUCGUACGAUAAACUGAACUUUCAAAACAAGUCCGAAAUCGCUCUACACGAGAGCUAUACCAAUUUCAUUUGGCAUCCGGACACAUUCAUGCCCAAUGCGAUCGCAUCAAAAAACCCAACGAAGCAAUCAAUCUCGCAUCGUUCAUUACUGAGGUUGCAGAAUUCUGGAAGGGUGCUGUACAGUAGACGACUGUCGGUAGUGGCCGAAUGCCCGAUGGAUCUAACGCUGUUUCCGUUUGACACUCAGAUUUGCAAAUUGGGCGUUGAAAGCUAUGGUUACACGGCCGAUCAGGUUCGUUACGUGUGGUCGACCGGUGAAAAGCAAGCGCUCAAGCUUCAUAAGAUUCGACUGCCGGAUUUUCAGAUCAAAGAAGCGUUUGUGACCAGCCAAACGGAAAUGUACGCAACAGGAAACUACAGUCGUUUAUACGUAUGCUUUGUACUAUCCCGAACCGCAGGCUUCUGCUUCCUUCAGCUAAUUAUUCCGUCAACUGCAGUUGUGAUCACCUCAUGGGUCUCACUAUGGAUGGAAAAUGAAACAUCAUUCCAGGUCGGCUCAUUCGAAGAAUCGCCAUUCGAAGCAGUUGUUGACUUCUUAGCCUUUCAACGUUUGAGGCUUUGCUCAAAAUAG